AUGGCGGGUCGAGAGUUAUCCCCGCAGGAAAAACUGUCGCUCAUUACAGAUCAAUUACAGGAAGUUUUGCACAAGGAAGUCCUGGAAAACAUCGUCCUUAAAGAGCAGAGACCACCGGUCAUUUACUGGGGAACAGCCACCACGGGAAGGCCUCACUGCGGCUACUUUGUUCCGAUGAUGAAAAUUGCACACUUCUUGCGAGCCGGCUGCCGAGUCAAGAUUCUGCUCGCUGAUAUUCAUGGCUUCCUCGACAAUCUCAAAGCGCCCAUCGAACUGGUCAAGUUCCGAGCAGAGUACUACAAGUUCAUUAUUCAAGCACUCCUCCGAGCGGUGGGCGUAAGCUUGGACAAGUUGGAAUUCGUCCUUGGUUCAUCGUACCAAUUGAGUGCAGCAUACACCAUGGAUCUCUUCCGACUUAGCAGUGUAGUCACCGAGCACGAUGCGAAGAAGGCCGGUGCGGAAGUGGUCAAACAGGUUGAAAAUGCUCCACUAUCGGGCCUGAUCUACCCCCUUAUGCAAGCAUUGGACGAGGAACACCUCGGGGUCGACGUGCAGUUUGGAGGAGUCGACCAGCGGAAGAUCUUCGCCCUUGCACAAGAAACGCUGCCGAGAAUUGGCUACAAAGAACGAGUACACCUUAUGAACCCUAUGGUACCGGGCUUGGCCGGCGGUAAAAUGUCUGCUUCUGAUCCGGAUUCCAAAAUCGACAUCCUCGACACAGCCGAAGUGGUGAAGAAGAAGCUACGCAAAGCCUACGCAGCCGCAGGAGAGGUUGAAGGAAACGGCAUCAUUUCUUUUGUGGAAUAUGUCUUGUUGCCCAUCAGCGCUCUGAAAGACCCAGAUCACAAAGGUCGGUUCGUGUGCGAAAGAAGAGAGGGAGAGGGGGAGCCGCUGGUCUACUACGAUAUUGAGACGUUGAAGGAGGAUUACAAGGCCGACAAAUUGACGCCGCAAUUGCUCAAGGCGGCCGCGACCGCUGCUUUAACCGACUUGUUGGCUCCUAUCCAAGCCGAGUUCCAGGCAUCACCAGAAUGGCAGGAGAUUGAGAAGCAGGCCUAUCCUCCAGCGGAGCCUGUAAAGAAAAAGAAACAGCCCAAGCAGAGAGGGUCGAGACAUCCUGGUGCUGGCCCAGUCAAGACCAAUCCCGACGGAUCAGUGGAAGGUAAAGGCAAGGAAGAGGUCGAGGUCGGCAAGAACGCGGAAGAGGCCAUCUCAAAACUAGAGAUCAACGGUAACGCUUCAUGA